AUGAUGAACCUACUCUACCACUCCCUCGCCUUCUACCUCACCCUGACUCCCGCCCUCUCCGCCUCCCACCCAUCAUCCUCCUCCUCCCCCUCAGCAACAGCCACCAAAUCGGCGCACGUCACCACCAGCGCCGCAGCCUGCACCAUCCGCUCCCCCAACACCCACGCCUUCUUCGACCUCAACCCCCUGCACCUCCAACAUCCCGAAGACAGCAAAGCCAAGCACCCGCGCUCCAACUCCUGGAAUGCCUCGGGCUAUGAUCUAGGCUACAACUUCACCAUGAACUUCUGCGGGAGCGUGAUUGAGGAUCUGAGUGAUAAGGGAGGGGUGGUGGGCGUGGAGAAGGCGGGUUGGGGGGAUGUGGGAGCUUAUUAUGAGCAAGGCGGCAAGAUCUACAGCUUGGGUCAGAUGAACGACCGGCCGAUUUUCAGGGGCAGGAAGCUGGUGAUGAAUUAUACCGAUGGUUCGCCCUGUGGACGGGAUGUUGGCAAGAGGGAGCAUGUGAUUGAAGAUCUAGGCAGGAGGGAAAUCAUCGGCGGCGACGAUGACGACGAUGAUGAUGACGACGAAGACGAAGACGACGACAACAAGAAGAAGAAGAAGCCACCGAAAAAAGGCGCCAGCAAACCCUCCCACGACAACGACGACGAGGACUCGCCAAAGAAAGGCGCCGGUGCAUCGAUCCAGCGCAAAUCAACCAUCAUCUCCUUCCUCUGCGACCGCGACCCCCUCUCCCCCCUCCUCACCCUCUCCUUCAUCUCCGCCUCGCCAGACGAAUGCACCUACGUCUUCGAAGCCCGGAGUUCCGCGUCUUGCAGCGGGAUCGAGACGGCGAAGCAGACACUUUCCCCCUCGGGAGUUUUCGGGGUGAUAGUGCUGAUAGCCGUGCUCGUGUACUUGGUUGGAGGGUGCGUGUACAGUCGUAUGGUGCUGCAUCAGAGGGGGUGGCAGCAGUUGCCUAAUUAUGGGCUUUGGGCGGCUGUGGGGGGGUUUCUCAAGGAUAUCUUCAUCAUCCUCACAUCUUCUUGUACCCGCCUCUUCCCGUCCCGAAGAGGCUACACGCGUGUGAAUGGCGGUCUGGGCCGCGGUGGGGGGAACGGGAGAGGGAGGGGCGAUAGCGAUGCGGAGAACCGACUUAUAGAUGAGUUGAAUGAGGAGUGGGAUGAUUGA